UUUUGACAAUAUUCUCAUUGACAUUUCUGUUUGACAUAAAGCAUUUGACGUUUGGUUGUCUGUUUUUACCGAAAAUUACGUAAAAUAAAUCGGGCUGACCACCAUGUCGAUUUUAAAAUCGGAGUACUAUGACCAUCCAGAGGGAUCAGACGCUAUUGGCAAAAUGGUUGCCACGAACAAAUAUGCUGCAGCAGCUGGUUUGUCAUGGUCAGUGUUCGAUGUACUUAUGGUGAGCCAUCCAAAAGGUUAUUUGCCUACACUUGCACGCAUUGCAUAUAACACAGGUCCUCUUAUGGGCAUGGCAUCUGCUUUUACAAUGACUACGUAUGUCAUUACAAACGUACGUGGAAAGGACGAUAGACUUAAUUAUUUCCUUGGAGGAAUGGCUGCAGGGUGCGUCUACGGUGCUUGGAAACGCAGUGUUGUAGCUGGUUGUGUGUCUGGAUUAUUUUUAGGUAUUGCUGGAACUGUAAAGAAGCUUUCAAAAAUUGAGGGCUGGGAAUUUUUUCCGGAAGUACAUACAAGAUAUUCUAGUAUAAGCCCACACGAUUGGACAUUAAUGACUGGCCCUCCGAAAAAUUGGACGACAGAACAACCCGCUGAAAAAGAGGCUGAAUAAAACGAUAAAAUAUAUUUUCAAAUAAAAAAGUGAUUUUGCAACUGUAUAAAACUUUUCAUCGUUCUCUUGUGUAAAAUAAAUAAAUUUAAAAAUUAAAUAA